CCAUAGGCAAAGCGUCAACCUUCGAGUGCUACUUCUUCCCCAUGGUAUCCAAGGAGUGUGAGGACAUAGCCAUGGCGGAGCACAAUGCAGGCCGCAUCCCGCCCUGCCCUGACUUUCGGGACCUAGAAGGGGCGCUCAGGUCUGACAGCCCCGUGGUGUGCGCUAAAGACGAGGACUACAACCGCCUUCGCUUGCGCGGGGAUGCUGCCAGGGAGUGGGGCGAUGCGUAUCUGCAGCGGCCCAACGUGGUGGAGCUGACCGGCUCCAUGCAGCCAGUGAACCCCGCGCAGCGACAGGUGCACUGGUGGCGAGCGCAGGCAAUCCGCUUCAUGCUGCGCUGGCCCUCGGCAUACAUGUGCCACAUCACCAACCGCGUGCGCCACAACGCGUACGGCCAGCAGGUCGCCAUCCACAUGGUCAAGGCGGCAGCGGAGCAGGAAGCCAUCAUUAAAGCCCUCAGACCUGACGACGCUCACAAGGGCCUCGCCAUCAACUACGGGCAGGAGAUCAACACGCUCUCCCACAUGAAUUUCUCCGCGCCGAACCUCGAGACUGAGGUCUGGCCGGGCCUGGACUAUGCUGGGUGUUCGCUGGACAACCAUACGGAUCCUGAGGCGCCAAAGCACGCGGCUGAUUCGGUGUAUGAGGGGGUGGGCGGGGAGCCGUAUAUCCCUCGCCCGAUUGUGAGCAUGCACGUGCGGCAAGGGGACAAGGCGGGCGAGAUGCGGCUCAUCUCCUUCCCCUCCUUCAUGUUCAUGGCCAACAGGCUCCGACGGAGAGUACCCUUCCUCAAAUACGUCUGGCUCAGCACUGAAAUGCAGAGCGUGAUAGACCAGUCACAGCAGUACAAGGACUGGGCCUUCCUCUACUCCACAAACCCGCGGCAGAACGGCACAACCUCCAUCUUUGAGUACGAGCAGACGGCAGGAGUGGCCAAGCUGGCGGGGAUCAGCCUGGCCAACCUGCUCAUCUCAUCGCAGGCGGAUUUCUUCGUGGGCGCGCUGGGCUCCAACUGGAACCGCCUCAUCAGUGAGCUCAAGGCCACCAGUGGACGGCUCUAUGCCGGCUAUGCGUCCGUGAAUUUCGACGAGUGGUAG